AACGUCUUAAGACGUUUAAAGUAUCCCCGUCAUACAGUAGCCUACUACCAUCGAAUCGAGCAUCCCUAUUCUUGCUGCUAAUACUUCGAUCAUAGGCUUUUUUACCGUGCUAUAUACGUAGUUCUACAAAAGGUGUCGGAAUGUCUACCGACAGCAACCCCCAGAAGCCCUUCCGGGUCAUCAUGUGGUGUGUCCCACGGUCUAUUUCAACUGCGAUAACAAAAUGUUUCAGCUUCAUAGACAAUACAAAGAUUUGGUUCGAGCCUUACUGUCUAGCCUUCUUUCAAGACUACGCCAUGAAGUACAUGGGUUUGACGUUGCCGAGGAGUGUGACUAAUUUUGAUGCUGAUGAUUACAUCGCUAGGGUAAAAGCUGCUGUGAAAGGAACACCUCUAGAACACCAACUGAAGCCAGAAAUGAUGGAUCUCUCAAUAUUAUUACGAGACGGCGUCCGGGAGCAGCUGAAUUCCUUACCUGAAGAUCGAUCUAUAUUCUUGAAAGACAUGGCAUACGGCGUCACCAACUUCCUGGAUCUACUCCCAAGCAAAGAAUCCGGCUUCAAACACACCUUCUUGAUCCGUGAUCCUGAGAGGAUGUUCCCGUCAUGGAGGAACCUACUCAUGGCUCAGAUGAAGGCACAUCCGCUUCCGGGUCAGAAACCUAUCGACGAGUCCACCUUUGACCUCACUACAAACCCGGGAUUCAUGAUGCCGGGAUACACCUACAAGUGCCAGUACGAUCUAUGGCUGCACGUCAAGGAACACUUUGACCCGGAACCAGUAGUGAUUGAUAUUGACGAGCUCGUAUCCAACCCCAGAGAGCUCUUACCGAAGUAUUUCGCAGCUUGCGGAAUGCCUUGGGAUGAGAGGCUACUAUCCUGGGAUGCUAGUCCGGCGAUAGCGGGUGAGUGGAAGACCUUGUACCCGAUGGGUAGUGGGGGUGUGACACACCAAAGAGCGUUAGCGUCGUCGUCUUUCCAACCAUCGCGACCAAAACUUCAAAAGGCAGACAUGACACCUGAUGCAAUCAAAGCAAUCGACGAAACCAUGGACUAUUACAAGAAAAUGGCGGCAACUCGAAUCACUUUGGACUAAAACUAGGGCUUUUUGCAGCAAAAUCCGUCUACAAGAAUUUACACGUUGACCUGCCAAAACCAAGUUGAAGGGGAAAAGGUAUAUUUUUGUACACGGCAAAUGGGAGAAUCAUCCACGUCCUACGUCACAAUCUACUGACCAAACUGACCAAUGAACACUAUGAAAUAAAGCCAUUUAUUAUCGACUGGAAUAAUCACGUGGUUACAUACUGUAAGCCUAUACCGUAUAUAAUUAUAUACGGACCAAAUAUCUAUCGGAAUAAUGAACCUAUAUGUCAACUGAUUUGUUUUUCUUCUAUUUUUUUCUGUUCGUUUUCUUUUUCUAAAUAAGGGCUUGUUUGGAUUUCUCGCCUUCUUACUUAUUUUUUAUAUAUAUGUGUAUGUUUUUUUAAAACUUUGUAUGUAAAUCAUGUUAGUCUAUAAUGUAUGUUUCUUUGUAUAAUUAUUGUGAUUGCUUUUUGUUUGCACGGCCAUGCUUAAGAACAGCCAUUGGCUGAAGUAUGCCACCGUGAUAAAAUAAAAAUAAUAAAAAAAUAUAUAUAUAUUUUUUUAAACUUAGAGUAAUCUUUCUUAACGACUUUAUUUUUUGAUUGAAUAACCCCUUUAAACGAUAAAGCUAAGUACAUAAAUACUUGUGAUUGCUUUUUGUUUGCACGGCCAUGCUUAAGAACAGCCAUUGGCUGAAGUAUGCCACCGUGAUAAAAUAAAAAUAAUAAAAAUAAUAUAUAUAUUUUUUUUAAACUUAGAGUAAUCUUUCUUAACGACUUUAUUUUUUGAUUGAAUAACCCCUUUAAACGAUAAAGCUAAGUACAUAAAUAGUACAUACAUAACAUAAUAAUGUAGAUUUUUUUUAAUAGCCCUCAACCUGUAAUACCUCAGUCACACCGCCAAACCGACUCCAAACCUGGCGACCGAUUCUUGGGCGUUUGGUCCCCAUGAAAGACCAGCGGCAUCAUAACGAUACCGCUGAAUAUGGGCUAUCCAGCCGUUUUUUUAAUCUUGUAAUUUAUAAUUUUAUUCGUUAUUGAUUUACUGAAUGCAUGAUGUAUCUUUUAUACAGAAAUAAAACAAACAAACGAACAAACAAACAAAUGUAAUGUUAUGUUUAGUCUGUUGUCGGUCUGGAGUUUGUCUCGUUGGUUUGACUAAGGUAUGAUACCUAAAGUGAAUUCAGAUUGUUGUUUGAAUGCAUUCGAAUAAAGGCAAUCAUUGUUUAA